AUGAAGGCUACCCCGUUGCUUAUCGCGUGGCACAACGACAACGCCCCCGUGUAUUCGGUCCAUUUCGACCCCAAUGGCAAAGGUCGCCUGGCUACCGCUGGGAAUGAUAACAACGUCCGAUUAUGGAAAGUGGAGACGGUUGGUCAGGACCGAAAGGUGGCUUACUUGAGCACCUUGGUGAAACACACACAGGCCGUCAAUGUUGUUCGUUUCAGCCCGAAAGGUGAGAUGCUGGCAUCGGCUGGCGAUGAUGGCAAUGUGUUGCUCUGGGUGCCUUCAGAACUACAGACACAACCUGGACUCGGUGACGAUCGUUCGGACGACAAGGAAACUUGGCGCGUGAAGCAUAUGUGUCGCUCCUCUGGCGCUGAGGUAUAUGACCUCGCGUGGUCUCCGGAUGGUGUCUUUAUCAUCACUGGAAGCAUGGACAAUAUUGCUCGCAUUUAUAAUGCACACACAGGUCAAAUGGUGCGCCAGAUUGCAGAGCAUUCGCACUACGUACAAGGCGUAGCCUGGGAUCCUCUGAACGAAUUUGUUGCGACACAAUCAUCCGAUCGAUCUGUUCACAUUUACAACCUGAAGACAAAAGACGGCCAAUUCACCCUGACAUCGCAUGGGAAAUUUUUGAAGAUGGAUUUACCCGCGAAACGAAUCGCCUCUAGUAGCCCGGCCCCUCCAGAUCUCUCCAUCCGAUCCCAACCGGCGACGGGGAACUCGGUCGCUAUCGCUUCUCCAAUUCCUUCCACUCCAGGCACACCGAUGGCCUCGAAUUUGCCAAUGGAUCCACCUCCGGUAUCGCAUAGUCGCAGGUCUUCGUUUGGCUCCUCGCCGUCUAUCCGUCGCUCCGCGUCACCAGCACCGUCAUUGCCCUUGCCGGCAGUCAAACCAUUGGAAGUGCCGUCUCCGGGAGUCUUGGGUGGAUUGGGAGUGAGAAAUGCCAACAUCUACGCGAAUGAGACUUUCACGUCCUUUUUCAGGCGUCUCACCUUUGCUCCGGACGGAAGCCUGCUUUUUACGCCCGCGGGCCAGUACAAGACAUCGCAUGUGUCUGCGACAGAUCCGGGGAAAACCAUCGAUGAAGUGAUUAACACUGUUUAUGUUUACACUCGUGCUGGAUUUAACAAGCCUCCCAUUUCACAUCUCCCCGGCCACAAGAAACCGUCAGUUGCUGUCCGAUGCUCGCCUGUAUUCUACACCCUGCGGCAGGCCCCCGAGCCUUCCCGGCACAUCACUCUGGAUACCUCGUCCGGAGAGGAAUCGUUUGCAUCGCUUCCUGACCCGGUGGUUAAUACCACAAGUAAUGGAUCCGCUAUGGAACCACCAUCGUCCCAUACCGCUGGCAACUCGAAGAACGAUACAACUGCCAAGCCUGCUGAAGGAGAUGUCUCUGCUAAUCAGCCACUUGUCUCAGUCUUCUCACUGCCGUAUCGAUUCGUGUAUGCAGUGGCUACCCAGGAUGCUGUCCUGGUGUAUGAUUCUCAGCAGCAAGCUCCACUCUGUGUGGUCAGCAAUUUACAUUUUGCCACGUUUACUGAUCUGACUUGGUCAAACGAUGGUCUCACUCUGAUCAUGAGCUCUUCUGACGGCUUCUGCUCCACGCUUUCCUUUUCCCCAGGCGAGCUGGGUCAGCCGUACACUGGUCCACUACCAGCAACGAACCAGACUGCAGCGGCGGCUGGGUCAUUAGCAACCUCUGCUCCUGCACCUACCCCGGCGAAACCGAGUAUAGCCGCCCCCGUCGCAAACACGGUCCAUGCUCCGCCUGCGAGCCCUGCUCGGUCCAAUUCGGUGUCUUCCAUCACAACCCAGGGGGGGCCCUCGCAGCAGGCGGCCGGAUCCGUGGUCAAUAAUCCCACACCAACGCUUGGCUCCGUGCCUCUGGUAACUGCCACUCAUUCCGCCCAACCUCCCACUACCUUACCUCUCACCACACCGCCGCAGACGCCGAUGUCAGCUGUUUCCCAGAGCGGGCCAAGCAACGCGAGCAAUAGCGUUCUAGGCAAGAGGGGAAACGAGUCUGAGAAAGAGGACACCGGCUCCACCGAGCGGGCUCAGCAACCGAAGAAGAGAAGAGUAGCGCCUACUCUUAUUUCGGCCGGAACGGGCCUGGAAUCAUCGAAAGAGGACCCUCCUAAUACCGAUGUUGGGGGCUAG